UUUAUAUAACACUAUCUGCUUUCAAAUUCCUGGAUAAAUUAAUACUACUGUUCACUUCUUCUGAGAGAGAAAGAGAUUGAAAAUGGUGGCCGAUCGAAAGGGUAAAUCCGAUAUCUCCUUCGCUGGAACCUUCGUCAGCAGCGCUUUCGCUGCUUGCUUCGCUGAGAUAUGCACAAUUCCUUUGGACACUGCCAAAGUUAGGCUUCAGCUUCAGAAGAAAGCUGUUGGUGGAGAUGCGGCAGUCUUGCCGAAAUACAGGGGUUUGUUAGGUACAGUUGGUACUAUCGCGAAGGAAGAGGGUUUAGCUGCACUUUGGAAAGGUGUUAUUCCUGGAUUGCAUCGUCAAUGUCUUUUUGGUGGCUUGAGGAUCGGAAUGUAUGAGCCAGUUAAGAAUUUUUAUGUUGGGAAAGAUCAUGUUGGAGAUGUUCCUUUGACCAAGAAAAUACUUGCUGCCCUUACAACUGGUGCUCUAGGAAUAACAGUGGCAAAUCCAACAGAUCUUGUGAAAGUUCGACUCCAAGCUGAAGGGAGACUACCACCUGGAGUUCCUAGGCGUUAUUCUGGGGCACUUAAUGCUUACUACACUAUUGCUAGAACGGAAGGAGUUGCAGCUCUUUGGACUGGACUUACACCCAAUAUAGCACGAAAUGCUAUUAUAAAUGCUGCUGAACUUGCAAGCUACGAUCAAGUGAAGCAGACGAUUUUGAAACUCCCUGGAUUCACCGAUAAUGUUGUCACACACCUCCUUGCUGGUCUUGGGGCUGGAUUUUUUGCUGUCUGUAUUGGUUCUCCAGUUGAUGUGGUUAAGUCAAGAAUGAUGGGAGAUUCAGCCUACAAGAGCACGCUCGAUUGUUUCAUCAAAACAUUGAAAAAUGAUGGACCUUUGGCCUUUUAUAAGGGUUUCAUCCCGAAUUUCGGACGGCUAGGAUCUUGGAAUGUGAUCAUGUUUCUUACCUUAGAACAGGCAAAGAAAUUUGUGAGAGAGCUAGAAUCAUCUCGAGGAGCUUAAGAGAAACAAUCCAAUCCCG